AGCUUGGGUUGGUUGAGUUGUCGGGGGGUUGGGUCAUACAGAUGCAGGCGGCGAUGCCGGCGGUGACGCACGACGACCUGUCGCUGCGGAAGGCGCAGGAGCGGCGGGCGGCGCGGUCGAGCGGGCGGGCGGCGGUGUCGCUCGUGGCGCUCUCCGUGCUCUGCGGCAUCGUCGGGUUCAUCCUCUGCCUCGCCGCGGAGGGGUCGCGCUCCGAGACGUCGCACUACCUCAUGACCGUCGGCGGCGGCACGGAGGCCGCCGGGCAGGUAGACGUGUGCUUCUACAACUCCAGCGGCCGCGCGCCGCUGGCGUUCGCCAUCGGGGCGUUCCUGCUGCUCGCCGUCGCCAUGUUCGCCGAGCACGCGUACAUGCUGCUCGCCGUCGCCGCGCCGGACUCCUCGGCCGCGGGGCUCGCCGUCGCGGACGGGCACCCGCGCGUGCCCGCCGACCCCGCCAGGCUCACCUGGCAGACCUGCUGCCUCUUCUUCGUCACCUGGAUCUGCUUCGGGCUGGCGGAGGUGAUGCUCAUGGUCGGGAUCGCGGUGGAGUCCGGCCACGUCAGCGACUGGCGGAAACCGCGGCCGGUGUGCCACCGGGUGCGCCCGGGGGUGUUCGCGGCGGCGGGAAUCCUGGGCCUCAUCACCGUCGUCGUCGGCUUCGUCGUCUACGUCACGGCCCUGCAGACGAACAGGCUGCGGGCGCAGUACCCCGGCGGUGGAGGCGGCUACUACGUCGGCCACAGCGGCGCCCCGCACCCUGGCGCACCGCACCACCCUCUGCAGCCACCGCCGGCGAUGCCGCACGGGCCUCGCCCGCCGCCGCCGCCGCCGACAGCGCCGAGCGCGCCGGAGAUCACGCCGGCCGCGUGCCAGGUGCAGCCCAACCACGCGACGUGCGUCACCAAGGAGUGCGCGGAUGUUUGAAACGCUCGAGACGAACGAUUUGAGCUGAGCAGACAGCAAAGACGGUGGUGUCUCCCUUUUCCUCUUCUCAACGUGUCCUUUGGUGACUUGCAUAAAUAGGGCAUUUGGAUUACUUGCCUUAUGUCACAUAAUUUGUUUUAACAGAAAUAUGAUUUGAUUUGUGAAAUAUACUUCAUUUGUCAUUACAUCUAUUAGCAUCCCUUGUCACUUGCUAUAACCGACCCGCCCUCAAAAUACUUGUA